CUAGAUUAGGUACAAAAGAAAGACUUAUUCUAGUUAGGAGAAGAAGAGUCAGAUUAAGCUGCUAGUUGAAGUAAUGGCUCUCAUCCCUGGCAAUACACGAUUAAAAUUACUAAAGGGAUCAUAAGAAAUCAUGGCAAUAUUUCUCUGUAAAUCUGCCAUGAAGACUCACAGUAGAUAAGAGGUCUUUUCUGUUCUCAGUAUUUUUUUAAAUAUAAAUUUACGGUAGGUUUUCAUGGAGAAUUUUUUUAUGGAAUACAGGAAAGGGAUCUAUUUGACACCUAUCCUUAGGUACACUGACAGUUUUCCUUAAACUAUCCAGUUCCUCUUCUGUUGCUUUUUCCAUUUUGUAUAUUGCAAGUUCCCCAGCAACUCAAAUUUGCAAACACAGCUAUGGAUACACUAUUUGCUUUAGUGGUUACCUGGGAAUCUAGGUCUCUGUUUUUUUUCCCCUUCUACUUACUCAUAAUAUAUAACUAGCGACAUUUGUGGUUAUAGUUAAACUGUUCAAGUUCCUAAGUCUAGCUGAUGGUUUGUAGCCACUAGUUUGAAGCAAGAGAAGAAUGAGUAGUCAGGAACUGGUCACUUUGAAUGUAGGAGGGAAGAUAUUCACAACAAGGUUUUCGACCAUAAAGCAGUUUCCUGCUUCUCGGUUGACAAGAAUGUUAGAUGGCAGAGACCAAGAAUUCAAGAUGGAUGGUGGCCAGAUUUUUGUGGACAGAGAUGGUGUUUUAUUUAGUUUCAUCUUAGAUUUUUUGAGAACUCAACAACUUUUAUUACCCACUGACUUUUCAGACUAUCUUAGGCUUCAGAGAGAGGCUCUUUUCUAUGAACUUGAUCCUCUGGUUCAUCUCUUAAACCAAGAACACUUGCUACAACCAAGACCUGCUCUUGUGGAAAUACAUUUCCUAAGCCGAAACACUCAAGCUUUUUUCAAGGUGUUUGGCUCUUGCAGCAAAACAAUUGAGAUGCUAACUGGGAGGAUUACAGUGUUUAUAGAGCAACCUUCAGCACCUACCUGGACUAGUAACUCUUCCCCUCCUCAGAAGACCUUGCUUCCACUGCCUCCACAAAGACCUUCUUACCAUGACCUGGUUUUCCAGUGUGGCUCUGACAGCACUACUGAUAACCAAACUGGAGUCAGGUAUGUAUCUAUAAAACCUGAUAACCGAAAAUUGGCCAACGGAACUAAUGUCCUCGGCUUACUGAUUGACACUUUAUUAACAGAAGGCUUUCAUCUGGUCAGCACUAGAACAAUAUCUGAAGACAAAACCGAAUGCUAUAGCUUUGAAAGGAUAAAAAGGCCUGAAGCUCUCACCAUGAACAAAGCAGUGAAACCAGAGGCAACUAUCAUGCUAGAGCAAUCUCAGAAAAAGAAAUGAGGUUUUUUGUUCUCUUUUAGAGUAAAAGGAAAUUGUCAUUUUCUUGUAUGGAGGUUCCAUAUUUAGGGCAAACGUUAGUCAAAUAUGUACUCAGCCUACUUUUUGGCCUUGUCUCCUACCAUGCCAUCUGUGGGCAACAAUGCUUAAGCCACACUAACUGCUUACUCCUUUCUGAACAACACUGUGCACACUUGGUGCUUUGGGACAUAUUUCUUCUGCUUUCCAUGCCUCCUUCCUUUCUCUUCUUCAUGAACACUUAAAUGACUUUCAAGAAUAGGCUCUGGAAUCAUACUGCUUGAUUUCUUAUCCCAGCCUACUCACUUACUAACUAUAUGACUUGGGCAAGUCAUUUAACUUAUUUGUGCCUCAACUUCAUCUAUCAAAUGGGGAUAAUAAAUAUAUCUCCUUUAUAGAAUAUAUGAGGAUUAAAGGAGAUCGUGUACUCAACACAUUUCCUGGCAUAGUAACUAUUAGUGAUGAUGAUGAUGAAGAAGAUGGGUGACCCACUUUCAAUUGCACCUCUUCUGUGAGACUGUUUUCCUUCUCUUCCAGGUACAUUAAUCAGCCCUUUCCUCUCCAUAGACUUAUCUGCUUUCAUAGAAACAAAUUUUUCUCACUUCGAUUGUGAGCUCAAUACAUUCAGUAGUUAGCAUUACUAUGUGUAAAGCAUUGUGCCAAACAAUUAGAGGAAUAAUGUUUAUUACUAAUUAGUACCUAAGUUUGGUGAAAAUAAAUAACUUCUAUUAACAUUUAAAAUAACCAUACACUUUGACUUGGUGGUUCCUCUUGUAGGAAUUAUUAUAUAUGUGCCAUUUUAAACACUAGGAUAAACAUCUACAAGAGGAAUCAUUAAGUCAAAGAGUACCAGGUACAUAGUAAGGUGAAAACCGUUGAGUGGAAGCAGUUGAGCACCAUUUAAAAAAGUACAAUUAAUGCAUUGAAAAACAUCUUGAACAUUUGAUGUAUAUUAUAAUAAGUUUUCAAGAUUAAAAAAUGAGUAAGAAAAAAAUCUUUAUUCUCAAGGAGCUCACAUUCAAGUGAGUAUGUACAUCAUCGUAAUAGCAAAAGAUCAGAAAUAAAGUUGAUCAAUAGGGAAUGGGUAAAUUAUGGUUCAUACAAAGAAAUACUAUACAGCCCUUAAAAAGAAUGAGUCAGCAGUUUACAAACUGAUAAGGAUUGUCAAAUAUUUAUAAGUGGAAAAAAGCAAGGUGCAGAAUAAUAUAUAAAGUGGAAAAAGAUAUUUCCAUUUUAUAGUUUCAGUUUAAAAAAAAAACUUAUUUUCUUAUAUAUGCAUGGAAUUUUCAGCAAAGAUACUGGUCACCUGUGGAGAGGAAACUGGGGGAGUGGGGUUUAGGUGUGGGAGGAAAAUUUACUUUUCACUAGGCCAUGUAGAUAUAUUAUCUAUUAAAAUAAAGAACAGCUAUACCUGAAAGAUAGUGUAUGUAUGAGGUAUGUCAAGGUAAGGGGCAUAGUUAUGGCAUAGUAUGUUAUCUCAUACACAAAUUUUACUCUAUCACCCAUCCUGUGAAACUCCCACCUAAUAAAAUGCAUUCCAGAAAUUUCUAGUAAUUAAAGAUUUGUGUAUUAGGUUGUAGGGAAGAUUAAAAAAAAAAAAAUUCCUAACUACCUCAAAAGGUUAUGUAUAAUGUAAAAGUGCAAAAUACUUUAAGAUUAGUAAUGUUAAGGUUAGCAAUCGAAAAUAACGACCCAAAUAAGACAAAAAGCCCUAAGAAUAAGAGUUUUGUUUUGGGUGACACUCAUCCUCUCCUUUCUGUAGAAAAGCCAACUUAGCUGUUUUAGUGUGUCAUCCUAGUUUUGGGGGUGAUGUGUUCAGUUUGUUUCCCUUGCUAGCAUUAUAUUCUAGGGCACAAUAUUUCUAUGCUGGUAAGUUUUUGGCAUGCAUGUGAUUUAACUAGUUGGGUAUAGUUGGCAUAGUUAUAUAUGUCACACUUUAAUUUUGUAUAGUACUUUGCUGGUGAGAUCAUUAAAAACUGGUAACUGGUUAAAAAAUACUGAAACAAAAAAAUUGUAGCUAUGGGUUGGCAAGGAAUAAGACAGAAAAUGUUUAAACUACUUUAUUGUGUUCUUAGUCAUUCACUUUUUCAGAAAACUACUUUGAGAUGAGAAAUGUUCUUUUUUAUAUGCUAACAGAAACAUACUACAUAUGGAAACAUAUAACAUUCAUUCAUUCAAUAAAUAUUUAUUGACAUCUGCUGUGUGCCAAAUACAACUCUAGACAUUGGAGAUAUUGCAAGGGAACAAAACAAUGCCUUCCCACUUAGAGCUUACUACAAAUACAAUUCAUAACCAUUGACAAUGGUUUUAAAUUAAAAUAACUUAAGCCUUUUAUUAAAUAGUGUCUCAAAAGCCAUGAUUUCACAAUGCAGAGGUUUUUAGAAGGAGACAGAUUGCCACAAUUAAAAAUAUUCAUAAUAGGGGAAGUGUACUUUCAAAGUGAUUAGGUUGCUUAUUUUAGUAAAUAUUUUAGAGAUUAUCUUAUCUGGAGACACAUCUGUCAAGAUUGUCUCAGUAAUCCUCUGGUGUUCACUCCAAAAUAAGUGGGACAUUGUAACUGGGAUGUGAAGACAUGCAAAAAACUGAGUCUUGUUUAAAAAGGGAGGCAGGCAAAUGUAGUUUGAAGAAAACAUAUGUUAGAUGCACCACAGGCAAAUUAAAAACUCUGGUCUGCUUUAGAAAAAAAAGACUAACAUUUUCAUAUAGACACCACUUAAUUCAAUGAACUGAUUUGUCAAUUUAAUUUGCAAUUGUAAGAAAAUAAUGGCAGAAAUUUAUCUUGGCCAACCAUGCUGAAAACUUUGUUCAUCAAAUAACAUAUACCUCAUAUACACAAGCAUGAAUCAUCACAAUGACACGGUAAGGUUCUGUCAGUCUAAAUGGUACCAUCAAUAGUUGGGCCUCCCCUAUUCUUGCACUUCUCUAAUGUUUGUUUCAGCUUCUUUCCAUCACCCACAGUUUCACUUCUGAUAAGGCACUGAAGAUUUUAGCUUAUUCUUAAACCUCAAUAAUUUAUUUUUUAAACAACUGAAAGUUCUCCCUACAAAGAUUUUCUGAAAAGGAGCUCUAAUGUUGAAUACUCUUGGAUUUAAUAUACAAGUCAUAAUUAGAAAGAGUUCUUAGGUAUUGGUAAAGUCGGAAUUAAUUUAGGCUGCUUUCAAAAUAUAUCUGAAAUCGGGAGCCCUAAGUAAUAUAAAACAGUCAAGGGAAAGCAGUUUGAGAAAUAUAUGGUUUAGGGAAUCAUAGUUGUUUCUAAUUUGUCUUAUAUACUGUUUACAUCUGACAAACUUCAGCUUUGCUUUAUAAGUUUUUGUAUUGUUCUCUAUCAUAAAUAAUAGAAAUGUUCAUAUCACCAGAGACCUUGCUGAGAUAAUAAAGACUUGCUAAGAGCUCUGUAAA